AUGCGUUAUGAAGGAAUGGAUGAACCUGGCGAUGACCGUUACGAUUUUUGGAUCAGUUUGGGGUCCGAUGAAUUACAACACGUUGGACAUUGCAAAUUCCACAAUUCAACCUGCGAUCUAUUGCCUCCAAAUUCUAUUCGAGAAAGGCAUCCAGAUUGGUCUGUUUAUAUGGCUGAAAGACUGGUCAAGUGUAAAACUCUUUUGGCUAAUUGGGAAGAGGAAAGGCAGAUAGCUUUGGUCGAAGGAAGAUUUAAGGUAGGCACUCGUCUAGAAUUACUCGAUCGACAAGCCUCUGAUAGUGUCCGUCCAGCACGUGUUAUUCAACAACUUGGGCGACGGAUUUGUGUACGUGUCAGUUCCCAAGAUGUAGAUGCAAAAGAUUUGGGGGAUGAUUCUGCACAGACAAAAACGGGCAUUUGGUGCGAUGAAAGUUGGGAAUUAAUUUUUCCUGUUGGAUGGGGGAAACAAAAUGGAUGGAAAGUGGUAGCAAAUGCUCAAUAUCGCCAACAUUGUGAACAAAUAACUUCAGCUUUAGCUCAAGGUCGUAAACCUGAUUAUAUGCCUUUUGAUGCUAUGCCAGAAAUAUUUGCUUGGUAUAAAAAUGAAGAAGAGGGAGGGGAAUCUACUGAAAAAAAUUUGAAACAAAAUAAGGCUGAAUGGGAAGUUGGAAUGAAAUUUGAAUGUUUGGAUCCUUUAAAUGAAACAUUUUUGGAAUUAAAAGUGGCUACAUGUAUUGAAAUAUUGAAAGAUGGCUAUUUAAAAGUUGGAUUUGAUGGACCUGAUAUGGAGACUGAAGCAGUUCCUUUUCAUUGUACAUCGCCAUAUUUAUUCCCAAUUCAUUAUGCAAAAAAAUAUGGAAUUAAAUUGGAUGGUCCUUUAGAUGAUAUGAGAAAUUUUUGCUGGGAAAAAUAUAUUAAACAAUCUCAAGGAAGUGCUGCUCCAGAUGAUUUAUUUGAUAAAGUUCCUUCACCUAAUGAAAUGGAAGAAUUUAAGAUUGGAUCAAAAUUAGAAGCUACUGAUCAAUGUGAAUCUAAUCUAAUUUGCCCAGCAACCGUUCGCGCAGUUCGUGGACGUCUGUUACAGAUUCAUUUUGAUGGAUGGGGAAAUGACUAUGAUCAGUUAUUUGACUAUCGGUCUCGUGAUUUAUUUCCUCUUGGCUGGUGUGAAAUGUAUGGCUACAAGUUUGUUUAUUUUUUAUUUUUAAAUAAUUUUUAA